UUGUGCAAAUCUUAAGGGUCGAGUCGGAGUUCUCGACUGUAACUGUUCAAUCUUAUUGAAAUAUUUAGCUCCUUGUAUGAUUUUGUGCAAUAAUUUGAAGUAUAUCGUCCGCUGACGCAAUUUACAUUAACAGAAGAACAAUGAAGCUCUGGGAUUGCUGUGACCAGGGUAACUUUAAUGAAUAUCUGACCAUGAACUGAUGACUGAAUGAAUAGCUGAUUUAUAACAGCUGUGCCAAAUUGAAUGACCAUGAGUACUACCAAUGCUGAUGUUAAUGGAGAGGAACGGGAGUUCCCUGUGAACCCACUAUGCUUUGUAUGUGGUCAGCAGCAUUGGACACGAGAGAACCAUCUGUACAAUUACCAACAUGAAAUGGAUGAUGACCUUGUCUGCCAUAUUUGUCUCCAGCCAUUACUGCAGCCAAUGGAUACACCCUGUGGACAUACGUUUUGCUACAAGUGCCUCCAAGACUUUUUGAGACAGAAGGACUUUUGCCCGUUAGAUCGCAAACGGCUUCACUUCAAAUUCUGCAAAAAAUCCAGCAUUCUUGUUCACAAACUUCUAGAUAAACAGCUGGUAUCCUGUCCCUUUGAAAGUGAUUGUCAAGAAGUAAUGCAGCGUGGUGACUUGGAAGCACAUCUUAAAUACAGGUGUUUGGGAGCUUCCAACCAUAGGGCUGCCGUAGAGGUUUGCAAGUCUUGCCGGCCAAGUGGAUCGGAGAAUGAAAGUGGCUGCAAGUUUUCUGUGGGAGGCCAAGAGGAUCAUCCCCCUUCAGAUGCUGACCAGUUACAGAUUCAAGUGGCAACUCUGGGUUGCAGCAGUUUUGCUUCACCAGCAUCAACAUGUCCAGAUGAAUCUGACCAAGAUAACCUUGCUUCUGAAGAAAACACUGAGGAAAACACUCUAUCAAAGCAACCUGGUUUGGCUGAAGGAGAGAUUACUGGUAUUGAACUUCACAGGGCUGAUCCCAAUAUGGAACUAGGCCUGAGCAUUGUAGGUGGGAUUGAAACUCCAUUGAUUAAUAUUGUAAUUCAGGAAGUUUAUCGAGAUGGCAUUGUUGCAAAAGAUGGAAGGCUUCUUUCUGGUGACCAAAUAUUACAGGUUAAUGGUGUCGAUAUCAGCAAUGUACCUCACAACUAUGCCAGGGCUGUAUUUACACAACCCUACUCUACUCUACAUCUAAUAGUUCUGCGAGAAAGACGAUUUAGUGGAUUAACACACUUUAACCCUGAUGGCAGCUCUAUUCGAGAAGAUGGAUUUCAUGUGACUCUGCUUAAAAGAGAAUCUAGUGAGCAACUUGGUAUUAAGUUGGUUCGUAGACUGGAUGAGACAGGCAUCUUCAUCCUGGACCUUCUGGAAGGUGGAUUGGCUGCUCAGGAUGGGAGAUUGUGCAGCAAUGAUCGGGUGCUUGCAAUAAAUGGCCAUGAUCUAAAGCACGGAACACCUGAACUUGCUGCUCAAAUUAUCCAGAACAGUGGUGAGAGAGUUCAUUUCGUAAUCUCUAGAACAACAAAACAGCAGUUCUCAAAUGUUAUUCGAGAAAAGGGAUCACAUACAAGUAGUCAUCAACAUUCUACCCAGUUAACACAGCUCAUGCCCCAUAACAAAUCUAAUCUGCACAAGGUCCUGUCACAAUGUGUUACUUGUCAAGAAAAAGAAAUCACUAUAAAGAAAGAUUCUCAUGAAUCUUUAGGAAUGACUGUAGCUGGUGGACGGGGCAGCAAAAAUGGUGAACUGCCAAUCUUUGUCACCAGUGUCCAGCCACAUGGCUGCCUCUGCAGAGAAGGGCGGAUCAAACGUGGGGAUGUACUACUGAGUAUCAAUGGUUCAGAUCUGACCUGCCUAAGUCAUAGUGAAGCAGUAGCGACAUUGAAAGCUAGUGCUAACUCCCCAGUUGUAAUACUGAAAGCACUGGAAGUACAGACAACAGAUGAGCAGAGUCAAGCUGCAGACGAGCAUCAGAGCUCAAACAACGAGAAUGAUGUGGAUGCCAGCUGGUCACCAUCAUGGGUUAUGUGGCUAGGAUUGCCAAGCUCCCUUCAUAUCAGCCAUGAUAUUGUUCUACAGAGGAGUAAUUCAGGAAACUGGGGCUUUAGUAUUGUUGGAGGUUAUGAAGAAAAUCACUGUAAUCAGCCCUUUUUUAUCAAAACAAUUGUGUUUGGCACACCAGCUUAUUAUGAUGGAAGACUGAAGUGUGGUGAUAUGAUUGUCGCAGUGAAUGGACUCUCAACAGCAGGCAUGAGCCAUUCUGCACUUGUCCCAAUGUUGAAAGAACAACGAAACAAAGUAACGUUAACAGUCGUAUCAUGGCCUGGAAGCCUUAUUUAAAUCAAACUAAGCAAUUGCAAAUCAUGCCUUCUACCAGACCUUUAGAUUCAAAUACAAAAGAAAUUCACUGAGCAUUUUAAUCAAUCAGCAACCAGAAAGAUAUAAAUCUCAAAUGUUCUGUUCUGUAAAUGUUUUGAAUACAGUGGAUUCCGGUUAAUUGUGACACAUCAGGACCAGUACAUUUUGGCCAAAUUAAGCAGCUGCUUCAAUUAGCCGAAGUUUCAUGGAUUAAAAAAGGUAUAAAAAGAUAAACUAUCCUUCAAUUGAGUAACAAAUAAUGUAUUUAAAUAAAAUACAGAACAAAUUAGAAUACUAACAAUACUGCUACAGUACUAUAAAACUGUAUAUUCGUUCCUAAUUGUUAUCAAUGGAUCUGUAGAUAAUGGACAAUGUGAUCGCCAGUUUCAUCCUUCAAAUCUUCAUUUUCAUUGGAACAUUCAAGAUGAUUGUCAAUACCUUCAAAUUCUUCAUAGUUACUAACUUGUUGAAGUAGCGAAAGCAUUUCAUUUUUCACUUCCAGUCGCUUCUGGCAUCUCCAAGCCUGAAUGCUUGAAAUCACAGUGAGCAAAACCGUUCUGAAUUAUCUUGCUGUUUAUUUCUCACCAACUAUCAGUGACAAAGGUCACUUCUUUUAGAACAUAAGUGCACACAACUGAUGCUAUUUAAGAACUUUGUUCUAAGCAUGGUGUUGUGUCUAACAGCCACACAAGUGCACGCAUCUGACGCUAGUUGAAAACUGCUCGGCAACAGUCCCUUGCCCUAAUAAAUGGCACAGUGUCCCAAGUAAAUGAAGGGAAUCCUGGCUAUUUUCUGGAUGGCACAAUUGGUCAGAAUCAAUUGUUUACUAACAUUUGAUAUAAUCAUAUAACAUCAAUUAUAACUAACAUUAUAAAUUCAACUAUAUGAUCAGAAUAUCUCAUUGUGAUUUUAAAUCAGUAUUCUUAUUUCAUGGAAUUUAAAAAUACACCAGUUCAAGAUGAUCAAAAAUUACAUAAUUAGAUAUAUAUGUAACAUAUCUUAAAAGCCUUAACAGAUAAAUUUCUGACAGUUACAGUAGUCCAAGCCUUGUGACUUUUGAACCUCAUGCUACCAUGAAUGUAGCUUCAAUGUGAAAUAAGUACUAGAAAUAGAAUAUAGCUAGUGUUAUGAUCCAUUUUGAUGAAUUAUUGCACAAGCUCAUUAAUAUGGGUAUACUUAAGUUUUACUUUGAUGUAUUUUGUUGAAGGAUAGUAGUUAGUAAUACUUGCAUCAUGGGGAAAUAUUAACUUCCAAAACUUUGCAAUAUUAGAUGGGAAUAAAACAUAAUAAAUUAAAAUAUUCAAAUAUAUAUGUGUACAAUGAUCCAAUUUAACAGUUAACAUAAUCAUUUUAGAAGUUCAAGCCGUGAAUUUUCUGUCAAAUUGAGACUGCCUAUUUUAAUCUAUGAGUUAAUGUUUUCUAUUUUAACUGAGUUUUUAAGGGUUUUCCUGGUUUAUUUUUUAAUCUCCUUAUAGCAGUUGCAUUAAUGAUUUACUGAUUUAUUGAAAGAUUUUACAAAAAUUAUAAUCAAAUAAAAAUUUCUGAGACUAUCAGUAAUAUAAAACAGGCUUUUGUUACAUAUGCACUUUCAUAUGAUUACAUGAACUUUAUACAUAAAAACAUUUUAAAAGCAUUCUUGCAAAAUGAAACAAUAAAAUUUUGGAAAUGCAUGUGGGCAGUCGGCACUUAAAAAAACUGAUGUUUCUCACCCUUUUACUGAAGUCUUUAAAAAAAAAUUACACACUAAACUAGUCACCCACUCCUGUCCCUCAUUUCCAUAAUGAAGAUUUGUUUGACUAUUUACAAAACUUCAUUUUUAUUUUCAAUUUCCUUCAUUCAUGUUUUUAUAUCCUUCAUAUCUAAGAUAAGACAGUUAUUGUAUUUCUUUCUGUAGCUUAAGUAAAGUUAAUGAUUGAAAGCAUUACACGACUCUCACUAUUUCUUAUAUUCAGGGCAUAAAGUUAAUUGAGAGCCACUUAUAAACAAUACCUUUGGAUAUGUUAAGAUUUUAGUAUACUUCAAAUAUUCACUGAUGUAAUGCUGGUACAAAUAAGAUCUGUCACCACUAAUUUGCACUUUUUACCGAGUUCAUCAUUAAAGCAGUAAAUUGCAAGACAGGAGAGCCCUUUAAUAGUACUGAAGAAAUCUAAGAGUUAUUAAUACACCUCGGGUAUUAGGAAAACCAAUUCAUAUCAUUAAUGCUUGGAUUAAGUGCUAUAAUAAGCUUUUAGAAAAAGAAAGUAAGUGUCAGACACAGCUGUGACUACACUUUGGGGGAAAAAAUGAACCAGGAAAGAGAUAUUAAAUUGCGAGGUAAAUUUACAAGUUGGCUUUCAAUUGCAAAUAAUGUAGGAAGAAAUGGAUAGUCAAAAGGAAAUAUCUCUAAAUGGUUGAGGCUAGGUAUUUUGUGAAGACCUCAAAUAGGUAAGUUAAUACUUUGUGUAUUUAUUUAUUUUUAAAUGAUACAGCGCAGAGUAGGCCCUUCCAACCCUUUGAGCCACACUGCCUCAGUAACACCGCACCCCCCCCCCCCCCAGACAACCCCAAUCAAACCUAUCCUAAUCGCAGGACUGUCAACCUAUGAUCAAUUAACCUACCCUAUAUGUCUUUGGACUAUGGAAGGGAUGGACCAUGCAGGGAAAAUGCAUGCAUUCCAUGGGAAGGACACACAAGGACUCCUUACAUACAGCACUGGAAUUGAACUCCGACCUCUAAUGCCCCAAACUGGAACAGCGUCCUACUGACCACUAUGCUACCAUGGGGCAGGGUAAAGAGAGAAAAAAAUUAAUGUGAACUAUGAAAUGGGAGUGGUUAGUGAAUGAGAAAACAAAAACCAUUCUAUCUUCUAAUUAAUCCAAAACGAUUGAAGAUUAUUUAAUAGCCCAAGAACAUACAGUAUCCCAGCCUAACUCACUAGUUCUAUGGCAAGAGCAGGCUGUCAGAAUUUUGAAUUUGAAUUUUUCUAAGAAUUUAACUGUUUAAGCAGUGACGGUGUGAUAUUGUACACCACCUAGAUAUUUUGUAAAGUUAUGUUUGAAUUAAUUCAGUGCAACAGGAAAUGGGGGCUCCUGCCCACUCCCGACAUGCAGAGGAGCCAGAACAGAUGGCAAUGCAUGCUUACAAAUAUGCAUGGUGAUGCUGGGAUUAUUUAAAAAGUACAGAUAACACUUUUACCUAGGCCUGCCAAAUAGACAGUGAUCUGAAAGUGGUACCUAAAGAAGGAGGUUUGAAUUGAGAUUUCAAACAAAUGCACCAAGUUUAUGGUUAACACUGGUUUGAGCUAUGACUAAUUCUAGUCUAAAAUUCUCAUUAAAAAACCUACAAAUAACAUUCAUAUCUGAUGAGCAAAAAUUUCUUUUAUGCAUUGGAAACCUAGCUGACUUGGUCUUUCUCAAAAUGUUGAAAUUUGAAUUUUAACUCACUAUAUAAACCAUCUAGAGUAGAAGCUUUUAACAUUUUUUUCCCCAACAUGCCAAUUUGGAGGGGCUCAGCCUUAAUUAAUUCAAUAUUUGCUACCCAGAGCAGUAGUUGGUUCAUGAAGUCCAACAUUUUUAACUGUAGUAUUGUGGGUAAUUCAGCUGUGCACGGAGAGAGGUGCAGAGUGCAAGGGCUAAAGUAAGUAGAAUAGGCAUAUGUUCCUGCAGCCUAAAUCCAAAAUGGUGGCAGAGUCAAGGAUGUCACAACACAAUUGACUUUUCUAAAGAAAGACUCAAAUAGCAAGAGCUCUUGGGGUUAUCUAUAUAGAUAAAAUGAGAGAAGUUGUGUUAUAUGAAUUUAGGGAGCUAGGUAGCAGUUUAAAGAACAACAAGAUAUUCAAGGUCAUAAUAUCUGGGUUAUUUCCGGUGCCAUAUGCUAGGGAGCAUUGGAAUAAGAUGAACCCCUGGCAGAAGAGGCAGUGCAAGUGGGAAAGCUUUAGAUUUCUGGAUCAUUAGAACCAUUUCUGGAGAAGGUGAGGCCUGUAAAGGACCAGCAGAUUGCAUUGGAAUCAUAGUGAGUCACAACCUUUUAGGGAGGUUUGUUGGUAUAGUA